UUUAUGCUUGUGAUUUAUUUUGUUACAGAAAAGAGAUACCUCAGUAACACACUGGGAACUUCAGAAGAAAACCUCCACACCCAGCUCACAGGAGUUCUUAGGGAUGGGAUGGAAGAAGUCUUUACAACUAAAGGGUCCUGAUCAUGAAAACAACUGUGACCAAUCGGAAGUCACUGUGGCUACGGCUGCUUAUAUUAGCCUUCUUGAUCACUUUUACAGUUCUCCAGAAGUCCACAAAGGUAUGGACUGCUCUCAAGUUGCCUAUCUCCCUCCAUCACUGGAACAUGAUCACAGAGUCCUCAAGCCCUGGAACACCUCUGAAUCCAGCAGCUUCACCAACAGAGACUGAGCUAAGAAUAAGUAAGAUCCUGGAGAAACUAGACCAAAUGAUCCCACCCAGACCCUUCACCCAUGUGAACAGCACCACCAGUGCUAAACACAGCACAGUCACCAUCCUCAACCCUAGAGACACAUACUGCAGGGGGGACCAGCUGGAUAUUCUGCUGGAGGCCAGGGACCACCUGGGACACAGGAAGGAAUAUGGAGGGGACUUCCUCAGGGCCAGGAUGUCCUCCCCAGCCCUGAAGGCAGGCGCCUCAGGAAAGGUGACAGACUUCAACAAUGGCACCUACCUUGUCAGCUUCACUCUGUUCUGGGAGGGCCAGGUCUCCCUGUCUCUCCUGCUCAUUCACCCCAGUGAAGGGGUGUCGGCUCUCUGGAGGGCAAGGAACCAAGGCUAUGACAGGGUGAUCUUCACGGGCCAGUUCAUCAAUGGGUCCACACAGGUCGAUACUGAUUGUGCCCUGAUUUUAAACUCAAGCACUGAACUAUGCCAGUACCUGGAUGCUCAAGACCAAGAAGCCUUCUACUGCAUGAGGCCUCAGCAUGUUCCCUGUGCAGCACUCACCCACAUGCAUUCCAAGAACAAGGAAGUUUCCUAUCUUAGCAAACAAGAAAGGACCAUCUUUGUAAGGUCAAAUGUGGGUGUGGAGAUUAUGGAAAACUUCAAUGUGAUUAGUGUCUCCAAAUGCAACAAAGAUCCAGUUCCCGUGAAAGAGAAAUGCAAGCCUAGAAUGACAUCCACAAUCCCCAGUGGGCAUGUCUGGAAAGAAAUAUGGAACCCUGUCUCCUGUGAUUUAGCUCCAAUCAAAAUGAAUGAGUGCCUGAGAGGAAAAUUUAUACACCUAUUGGGAGAUUCCACCAUCCGCCAAUGGAUUGAAUUCUUCAAAGCCAGUAGCAAAACACUCAAGUCAGUGGAUCUGCAUGAGCAUGGAAAACUGCAACACCAACUAGCUGUGGACUUGGAUAGAAAUAUCAACAUCCAGUGGCAAAAACAUGCUUAUCCCUUGAUUGGAUCAUCUAUUUAUUCAGUGAAAGAAAUUGAGUACAUGGCCCGAGUCAUUGACAGAACUGGAGGAGAAAAAAAUACUGUUGUUGUUAUUUCCCUGGGCCAGCAUUUCAGACCCUUUCCCAUUGAUGUUUUCAUCCGAAGGGCCCUCAAUGUGCACAAAGCUGUUCAGCGACUCCUUCUGAGAAGCCCAGACACCAUAGUCAUUAUCAAGACAGAAAACAUCAGGGAGAUGCACAAUGAUGCAGAAAGACUAAGUGACUUUCAUGGUUACAUUCAAAACCUUGUCAUGAUGGACAUUUUCCAGGAUCUCAAUGUGAGCAUCAUUGAUGCCUGGGAUAUCACAAUUGCAUAUGGCACAAAUGAUGUCCACCCACCACAAUAUGUAGUUGGAAAUCAAAUUAAUAUAUUCUUAAACUAUAUUUGCUAGAUAGCACAUAUCUCUGAAAUUCAUUUAUUUAGGGAAAUGAUCUAUUGAGUGCCUGAUAGCAUAUUGGGUGUCAUUUUUGUCUCAGAACUCCAGUUAGCUGAGAAGACAGUCUUCACUGUGGCUGGUAUGGAUCCACCAGUUCAGCCAAGUAAGCUAUUUCUACCAUGGAAUUUCACUUACAAAUAAAACUAAGAGUAGUCAUAAAAAGGUCAUACCCUCCUCAAUCAGAGUUAUGCUGCUCUUCACCAAUGGGAAGCUAAGACACCUAUGGUAAAUGCUCUUCUCUCUGGUACAUGUGAACUAUCAAGUAAUUGUAAAAUAAACACUUGGAGAAAGAA